AUGAUAAAACAAAAAACCAAAUAUUCUGUUAGAACAACAUUAACAUCGUCACCGGUUACACCGAAAACGUCGAAAGGCGCAUUUGUUUUAGAAGUACAUUUUAAACGUUUACAUUUUCUUUUCUUAAGCCGUAGAGAACGUCAUGCGUCCGUAUCUAAAUUAUUCGAAGAUUCAAUUCAAGCACAAAAGCAGUUGAUGGUGAAAGUUGAAGAACAAAUAAUUUUGUCGAAACAACUGACAAAUAUUCCUGCUGAAGUCAAAAAGUCGAUUCAGCAAAGUGCUGCUUAUUUAGAAGCUGCUUCAAAAAUAUUAGCACCACGUAUUACUCAAGAUGAUGAAGCAACAGAAUUCGCUGAAAACGUUCCGCCGCCUAUGGUCAUAAACGAUGUUGAUUUUCGUCAUCUGACGGCAGCAAAUGAUAUUACAACAACAGCACGAAAUAUUCUACGUUGUUGUUAUGGUCCGGAAGCUUCAGCUGAAAGUUUACACAUGAACGAUUUGGAAGUAAUAAUUAGGGAGCUCUUGUGUGUGUUAUACUUUUUUCCAUCAUCCUUAGAGCAUAAUGUGUCUCUUUUAUCGUUUGUGUUAUGUCUUGAAGGCGCAGUCGCUUUUUUUCAUGGACGGCGAUAUGAAGAUGUUGGCCGUGAAAGGAAACGUAUACUGACAUCAUUACAGCAAAUGAAACAUGAUUAUCGUAAAGCGGCAGCAAGUAAACGUGGCGACAGUCAACCGCGUAAGCGCCGAAAAAUGGAAGCUGGAGAGGAGGGAGGAAAUGCUCAAGGUCAGUCACAACAGUCACAAGUUUUGUUUCGUGACAGUCAGAUAGCAGUUCAAAAUGGAAAGGAAGUUUGA